ACCUGAGGCUUCAAUGUGUACUUAACACACACUUUUCUAUGCUACUGACUACCUAUAAUGCUUAUCCUGAAGCUUUCCUAAAGCUUUAAGCUGUUAUACUCAGCAGCAGUAGGCACUAAUUACACCCGGUAGUGAAGGGAGAGAGUGCCAGUGCAGAGCCAGAUACAAAUAGGUAAGGUGGCACCCGCGUGACGUGGGGAGUGCCCACAUUUACCCCAGCGGGAGCGUCUGCUCACCAACGUUAUUCAAGCAGCAGUCUACCUGUCAGUUUAGUCCCCCCUACUGAACGAAUUUUAGUUUGUGCUUAUAUAUACUCGGGGUCCGCCCGCCCGCCGUCGCGAUGCGGGCCUGGGCGGUGCUUUACCUGCUGCUGACGGCGGCGUCGACGAUGGCUGACAACGUCGCGCUGUUUUGGAACCUGUACGACGCCGUCAUCUCAGGGGGACGGAUUCUCCACGACGUCGCUGACGGAGUCGGCGCGGUCUCCAAGGCUAUCAGGGCCAUCGACCACUUUCUUGACGCUUCCGCCGAGGCUCAGGUGACGGCGUCUCUGGCGAAGGCCACGGAGGAGCCAGGGAACACUGCAGGGAACACCUCACCAUCACAGCAGGCCCAGGAAGAUAGUGCUCCGGCGCCUGCUGACACCUCAAUCCCAAGCUUCAGCGGGUGUGGCGCCUUAGGUCUCCAUAUAAGAGACGAGACCUUACCGGUGACCCGUCUGACGGAGUGCUGCGGCACCCACGACAUCUGCUACCGGGCCUCCUGCAGAGCGAAUAAGCGGGAUUGCGACUCCAAGCUGAAGAACUGCUUGUAUUCCGUCUGCGACGACCGGACGAUGGCCCGCGGGGUACAGCAGACUUGUAGGGGCGCCGCCAAGCUCCUCUUUUCCGGCACGAUGGCCCUCUCCUUCCAGCAGUACAACACAGCCCAAGCCGUGCUGGAGUGCAAAAAAUCUCAGAAAGGUGGGAAGAGGAGGUGAAAAGAAUCGUCAACGUAGCACUCAAAAUAUUGCCAAAUCAGGAAACACUUUCCUCACAAUCCCUCAAGUCAGGGGCUCGAGAUGGUGGUCAUUUACUGAUAACAAUCAUCUCAAGGAGCUCCAAGAUCUUCGUGGGUUGUCAGAAGUCAUUUCCUGAGAACCACGGCCCAUGGUGUUCAGGUAUCAACAUGUCGAAGAAGUUGACUUAUACCUCACGCAAAAUGCUCACACCUGUGGCUCUCCUCAACUCUCUCUCUCUCUUGUCUGGUUCUCUCACGUACGAAUUUCCUCGUUGAGCAUUGACAGACUCGUGUUCUUAAAGCUAUUCAAUUCUUGUCGGGUUCCUGUAUCAUUCCCUAAAAUGGUUUGGUGUUGGUUCGGUUAGCGGAAUCUUUCAUGAAACUCUUCGGUUCCAUUUUGAUGGGAUUAGGGACCUUUCAUGAGGUUCUCGCACAGCCGGAUGCCACUCCCAGAGUGAAUGUUAGUGUGGCACAGAGUGUAACUCAUAGAACCGGAGUGGAUGGUUGGUUGUGGAUCAUUCAACACCUGAGUGGAUGGAUGGUUGUGGAUCAUUCAACACCUGAGUGGAUGGUUGGUUGUGGAUCAUUCAACACCUGAGUGGAUGGAUGGUUGUGGAUCAUUCAACACCUGAGUGGAUGGAUGGUUGUGGAUCAUUCAACACCUGAGUGGAUGGUUGGUUGUGGAUCAUUCAACACCUGAGUGGAUGGUUUGUUGUGGAUCAUUCAACACCUGAGUGGAUGGAUGGUUGUGGAUCAUUCAACACCUGAGUGGAUGGAUGGUUGUGGAUCAUUCAACACCUGAGUGGAUGGUUGGUUGUGGAUCAUUCAACACCUGAGUGGAUGGAUGGUUGUGGAUCAUUCAACACCUGAGUGGAUGGUUGGUUGUGGAUCAUUCAACACCUGAGUGGAUGGUUGGUUGUGGAUCAUUCAACACCUGAGUGGAUGGUUGGUUGUGGAUCAUUCAACACCUGAGUGGAUGGUUGGUUGUGGAUCAUUCAACACCUGAGUGUAUGGAUGGUUGUGGAUCAUUCAACACCUGAGUGGAUGGUUAAUUGUGGAUCAUUCAACACCUGAGUGGAUGGAUGGUUGUGGAUCAUUCAACACCUGAGUGGAUGGAUGGUUGUGGAUCAUUCAACACCUGAGUGGCUGGAUGGUUGUGGAUCAUUCAACACCUGAGUGGAUGGAUGGUUGUGGCUCAUUCAACACCUGAGUGGAGGGUUAGUUGUGACUCAUUAAACACCUGCUAGACUGGUUCAUUUAUGGUUCUUUCAGCAGUUGUUGCUCAACCAACACCUGUCGAGAUUAUUCCCCUAUUAUUUUCCUUAGCGUGUGCCUCGGGGCACACACAUGUCAGGUGUGUACUGUCUCAGUACCUGUUUUGAUACUCAUAUCUGCCUCAAUGAACAUCUGCGAGUGCUUGUAACACUCACAUAUUUACCACACACACAUGUCUUUCAUCUAGGUAAACACCUGCCUUCAUCCUAUCACACAGUAAUUAAACAUUGAUCGCGUUACCUUUACUCCAAAACCUGCGUUGUCAGAAUUAAACACCCAAUAUAAAUACCCUUUUGUAGUUUACAAUAUAUGUGGUGGUGGGCCGUCCAAGCCUUUAAUGGUCGUGUAAUUUAAGGUCAGUGUAAAUAAGUUUACUGACCAAGCAGCAAGACUACUUUGGUCUCUGAAUAUGGUCCAGAAGUAAUGUAAACUCUCUUUAAAUACAUGUUGACCAGACCACACACUAGAAGGUGAAGGGACGACGACGUUUCGGUCCGUCCUGGACCAUUCUCAAGUCACAAUCGACUUGAGAAUGGUCCAGGACGGACCAAAACGUCGUCGUCCCUUCACCUUCUAAUGUGUGGUCUGGUCAACAUUCUUCAGUCUCUUUAAAUACACUUAUAUUAAAUACUCAUCACAUUAAAGAAUGGUGAAAAGGUUGAAGAAUUAUGUACUCCUGAAGAGAAGGUUUUUUUUUUAUUAAAUAAAAGAGUAUUAGGUAAUUGC